GAUCACUGGAUCCGCCCUGGCGUCGACAUCCAUCAGGUUCUCCAGGUCUAACAUGUGAGCGAGAGAGGGAGGGAGAAGCAGAGCGAGUCGUAAACACACACACACACACACACAGAGAGAGAGCGAGAGAGGCAGGGUUAGAGGACGUGUGGAAGUUUUAGACCGGUGAUCAUGAUAGGUGAUGCAGAGAAGAUCUGGGGAUUCGUCCAGCUCCUCAACAACAGGGAAAUUCCUCAGCAUGAAGCCGAAAAGUGAGAUGAUAUCUGGAUCUUUUCCCACAGAGAUUUGGACAACCUGAUGUUUUGCUUGUACUUUUUUUGGGUGCACAUAUAAAAGGACGAUAAGUCACAAUCUGAGGGGCGUUUAGUGCACUUGUUUCACUUGCUUAAAAGACAAUGAAUAAUACAGAAUUAAGCUGAUGACUUGAGGAAACACACCGCUUUGGGUUCACGAAGUAUAAAAGCACAGAGACAGAACAAAGACGGGCAAUACCUCAUCUACCAUGUGACUACUCAACAGGAGAUGAUAAUUAACAAUUUGGAGGGGAAUACUUUGGAAACUCAUUUUCUCAAUAAAUUGAAAUUUGCGAGCGAACCGAAGACGAGCACCGUUUGAACUGAAGGCGUCUGAUCGGAGGGAGUCUGUGACAAUGCUGGACGAGCCCACGGAAAGAACAAAAGCUCAGUUUCACGCAGCAGAAUGGCUAUCUCUAGUGUCUCCAACCAAACGGGGAGCGAGGACUGGGAUUUCCACGAGCCUGGAGAACAACUGCGCUGGGCCGCACUGCUCAUUCUCCUGGUCAUUUUUCCCACCAUUGGUGGAAACAUCCUGGUCAUUCUGGCAGUGUCACUGGAGAGGAAACUGCAGAACGCCACUAACUUCUUCCUGAUGUCUCUGGCUGUGGCCGAUCUACUGGUGGGAUUGCUAGUGAUGCCCAUCGCUCUGGUGACCGUGCUUUUCCACUCCAGAUGGCCCCUUCCAGACUUCCUGUGCCCUAUCUGGCUGUUUCUGGACGUCUUGUUCUCCACAGCGUCCAUCAUGCACCUGUGCGCCAUCUCCCUCGACCGCUACAUAGCGAUCAAGAAGCCAAUCCAGCACAGCCAGUUCAAGUCCAGAGCUAAAGCGUUGGCGAAAAUCGCACUUGUCUGGCUAAUCUCUAUAGGUAUUGCAAUACCAAUUCCAAUCAAAGGGCUACAAGUCUUCGAUCAUCCAAACAACAUCACCUUCAACAACAACCACACCUGCUUGUUGUCUCCAGAGGGCUUUGGGGACUUCAAGGUGUAUGGGUCUUUGACUGCUUUCUUUAUACCCCUCACAAUUAUGAUGAUCAUCUACUUGCUGACAAUCCAAGUCCUACGCAAGAAGGCUGAUCUUUUGAGGUCGAGAGCUAGGAGGCCCACCGUUUCCACUGUCUUCCAGCAGGAAUUGCCGGGACUCUCUUCACCGGAGAAAGUGGCCAUAGCAAAUGGAAUAAAAAGGGACCGAACACUGAGCCCUGCCACAGGGGAUGAGGUUCCUCUCCGCAGGAUGUCCACAAUAGGGAAGAGGUCCAUGCAAAACUUGACUAAUGAACAAAGGGCAUCAAAGGUUCUGGGAAUUGUAUUCAUGUUGUUUGUUGUGAUGUGGUGUCCUUUCUUCAUUACUAAUGUGACUUCUGUACUCUGUCAAGGGUGCAACGGUAUUCUAGUGGAACACUUGUUGGAUAUCUUUCAAUGGGUGGGAUAUGUUUCAUCGGGCAUCAACCCUCUGGUUUAUACGCUGUUUAAUAGGACGUUCAGGCAGGCAUUUAGGCGCUACAUCACCUGUAACUACAGACGUGUGAGGACUCCAAAAAUGCAACGGAGAAGCAGAAUUGCUUUUCGGUCACCAGUGACGGAAAACUCUAAACGGUUUAUGAAACACGGUAUGAAAAACGGCAUUAGCCCAGUAAGCUAUCAAAGUCCUCUCCGGCGUCGGCCCACGAAUCUGCAGACCUCCGCAAAUAUCACGCUGGACACGUUGCUUCUGGCGGAGAAUGAAGACUGCAAACCUGACGAACACGUAAGUCAAGUGUAGUGUAUAUGACACCAUUCAGAAAAGACAAGAUGGAGACUUGCCAUAGUGUUUCAGUGGCAUAAAAACGACAAGUCCUCAUGGGAACCAAUUGGUAGCAUUGUAGCCAAUACAAUACUCCACCUUUAAACCUUGGAUUGGGGGAUGUAAGAUGAAUGUCUGAGAACCACCAAGACACAACAAAGCUUUUGCGUGAGAAAAUAUGGGCAGCCUAAUAAUUGGCGGUACUGUGUAAACAAACAGUACUUGGGGGCAAAAACUUUGGUUGACAGGGUCUACAAUGUGACGCCAAAAAAAGACAUCUUAAUAAAGAUAAGCACAAAUAGCGCAUUUAAAUCACCUCCACUUACCUUCUGUAAAAAUAUGCCUUACUGAAUUAUCGCAGGACUUCUUUAUUUCUGUAGACUGAUCUUGAAUCAAAAACAAGUGCUCUUGUAAAUGUAAGAAAGAAUUAUCUGUAAAUACUGACAUUUCUGAAGAUUUAUGGAACUAUUGCCAAAUAAACUUUUUUUUCCAGAUAA